UUCUCAGUGAAUAGAAAAUAUUAGAGACCUUUUUCAAUCUUCGCAAGUUGCCUCCUUUCCAAGGAACGAUGGGCUUGCCAUUCCGUGGAAGAGGCCUGAUCCUGAGCCUACUUUUCCUCCUGUUCAAAUUGUCAACAGCUGAAAUACCUCUCUCAGUUCAACAGGUUCCCACAAUCAUAAAGCAGUCACAUGUGCAAGUGGCCUUUCCUUUCGAUGAGUAUUUUCAAAUUGAAUGUGAAGCGAAAGGAAACCCUGAACCAAAAUUUUCAUGGACUAAGGAUGAUAAACCUUUCGAUCUUUCUGACCCUCGGAUAAUUGCAUCUAACAAUUCAGGCACAUUCAAGAUCCCAAAUGAGGGCCACAUCUCUCACUUUCAAGGAAAAUACCGCUGUUUUGCAUCUAAUAGACUAGGAACUGCAGUAUCAGAAGAAAUAGAGUUCAUAGUUCCAGGUGUUCCAAAAUUCCCCAAAGAAAAAAUUGAUCCCAUUGAUGUAGAAGAAGGGGAUUCCAUUGUCUUACCCUGCAACCCUCCCAAAGGCCUCCCACCUUUGCACAUCUAUUGGAUGAAUAUUGAAUUAGAACACAUUCAACAAGAUAAAAGAGUGUACAUGAGCCAAAAAGGAGAUCUGUACUUUGCAAAUGUGGAAGAAAAAGACAGUCGGAAUGAUUACUGUUGCUUCGCUGCAUUUCCAAAAUUAAGAACGAUUGUACAAAAAAUGCCAAUGAAACUAACUGUGAACAGUUUAAAGCAUGCUAAUGAUUCAAGGUCAUCCACAGAAAUUAGUUCCCAGGCAAAUUCCAUCAAACAAAGGAAACCCAAACUUCUGUUGCCUCCUGCUCAAACUGGAAGUUCAUCCACAAAGACUGUACUCAAAGGGGAUACUCUGUUGCUCGAAUGCUUUGCGGAGGGCCUACCAACUCCACAAGUCGAGUGGAGCAAACUGGGUAGUGAAUUACCAGAGGGAAGAGCAACAAUUGAACCUAAUGAAAAGACAUUGACGAUAGAAAACAUCUCCUACCAGGACAGAGGAAAUUAUCGCUGCACAGCCAGCAACUUGUUGGGGAAAGCCAGUCAUGAUUUUCAUGUCAUAGUAGAAGAGCCUCCACGCUGGAAAAAGAAACCUCAGAGUGCUGUGUAUAGCACCGGGAGCAACGGCAUCCUGUUGUGUGAGGCAGAAGGAGAUCCUCAACCCACAAUCAAAUGGAGAGUCAAUGGCUUGCCAAUUGAAAAUCAUCCAUUUCCAGGUGACGUUAUGUUCCCCAGGGAAAUCAGUUUUACAAACUUACAGCCCAAUCAUACUGCUGUAUAUCAGUGCGAAGCCUCAAAUAUUCACGGAACCAUUCUGGCCAAUGCCAAUAUUGAUGUUGUAGAUGUUGUUCCACUGAUUGAAACUAAUAAUGAAGAAAAUUAUGCAACAGUGGUUGGGUACAGUGCUUUCUUACACUGCGAGUACUUUGCUUCACCCAAGGCCACAGUGGUCUGGGAAGUAGCUGAUGAAACACAUCCUCUUGAAGGUGGUCGGUACCAUACCCAUGAAAAUGGCACUCUGGAGAUCUACAGAACUACUGAGGAGGAUGCAGGCUCAUACUCUUGCUGGGUAGACAAUACAAUGGGGAAAGCCGUCAUCACAGCCAACCUGGACAUUAGAAAUGCUACAAAGGUCAGAGUUUCUCCUAAGAAUCCUCGAAUCCCUAAAUCACAUGUGCUUGAACUAUACUGUGAAAGCCAGUGUGACUCACAUUUGAAGCACAGUUUGAAGUUGUCCUGGAGUAAAGAUGGAAAAGCUUUUGAGAUGAAUGGCACAGAAGAUGGCAGAAUAGUGAUUGAUGGAGCUAAUCUGACCAUAUCUAACAUCACAGUAGAAGAUCAGGGUAUUUACUCCUGUUCUGCUCAAACGUCUCUUGAUAGUACUUCGGAAGAAACUCAAGUAACCGUCCUUGGUGUUCCAGAUCCUCCAAGAAACCUUCACUUGUCAGAAAGACAAAACAGGAGUGUCCGGCUAUCCUGGGAAGCGGGAGAUGACCACAACAGCAAAAUCAUAGAGUACAUUGUAGAAUUUGAAGGGAACAGAGAGGAACCCGGAAAGUGGGAGGAGCUAACUAAAGUCCUGGGAGAAGAAACAGACGUUGUGUUAUCUUUGGCUCCCUAUGUGCGAUACCAGUUUAGGGUCACAGCUGUAAACGAAGUUGGACGAAGCCACCCCAGCUUGCCUUCAGACCAUCAUGAAACUCCGCCAGCAGCUCCAGACAAGAAUCCACAGAACAUCAGAGUUCAAGCGUCUCAACCCAAGGAAAUGAUUAUAAAAUGGGAGCCUUUAAAAUCCAUGGAACAGAACGGGCCAGGACUGGAGUACAAAGUGAGCUGGAAGCCCCAGGGAGCCCCUGAAGAGUGGGAAGAAGAAACAGUUACAAACCACACACUACGUGUGAUGACACCAACUGUCUAUGCUCCUUAUGAUGUCCAGGUCCAAGCCAUUAAUCAACUAGGCUCUGGACCUGACCCUCAGCCAGUGACACUCUAUUCAGGGGAAGACUAUCCUAGUACAGCUCCUGUGAUCCAUCGUGUGGAUGUUAUGAACAGUACAUUAGUUAAAGUUACCUGGUCAUCAGUUCCUAAGGAAACAGUCCAUGGACUUCUAAGAGGGUACCAGAUAAAUUGGUGGAAAACAAAAAGUCUAUUGGAUGGAAGGACACAUCCCAAAGAAGUGAAUAUUCUAAGGUUCUCAGGACAGCGAAACUCUGGAAUGGUUCCGUCUCUAGAUGCCUUUAGUGAAUUUCAUUUAACAGUCUUAGCCUAUAAUUCCAAAGGAGCUGGUCCAGAGAGUGAGCCUUAUAUAUUUCAGACACCAGAAGGAGUACCUGAACAACCGAGUUUUCUCAAGGUCAUCAAAGUUGAUAAAGACACUGCCACCUUAUCCUGGGGCCUUCCUAAGAAACUAAAUGGAAAUUUAACUGGCUAUCUCUUACAAUACCAAAUAAUGAACGACACCUACGAACUUGGAGAAUUAAAUGAAAUCAACAUUACCGCUCCAUCUAAAUCCAGCUGGCACCUCUCCAACCUCAACACAACAACGAAAUACAAAUUCUACUUGAGGGCAUGCACCUCAAGAGGCUGUGGGAAGCCAAUAAGUGAGGAAGGUUCCACCUUAGGAGAGGGGAAGUACGCUGGUUUAUAUGAUGACAUCUCCACUCAAGGCUGGUUUAUUGGACUGAUGUGUGCAAUUGCUCUUCUUACACUGAUAUUGUUAACUAUUUGCUUUGUGAAGAGGAACAGAGGUGGAAAGUAUUCAGUAAAAGAAAAGGAAGAUUUACAUCCAGAUCCAGAAGUUCAGUCAGCAAAAGAUGAAACAUUUGGUGAAUACAGUGACAGUGAUGAAAAGCCUCUCAAGGGAAGCCUUCGGUCCCUGAAUAGAAACAUGCAGCCCACAGAGAGUGCUGACAGUUUAGUAGAAUAUGGAGAGGGAGACCAAUCCAUAUUCAACGAAGAUGGAUCAUUUAUUGGCGCCUACACCGGAGCUAAGGAGAAAGGAUCUGUUGAAAGCAAUGGAAGUUCAACCGCCACCUUCCCACUCCGGGCAUAAACACAGCACACUCAUGCACCACGGCUGGCUAACCCGGACCUCCCCAGUCUCAUAAGGCCCUUUACACAGGAGUGGAAACGCGUGUCCAGAGGUUGAUAUUCUGCAAUUUUGCUGAGAAAAAUAGCACUGCCUUCAAAAAGAAAAAGGAAAAGAUCAGAUAUCAAGUACUUCAGGCUUGUGUUUCAUUUUGGGUUUUGAUUUCAGGUGCUCAAAAUGCAGAACACGAAACAAAUCAUGUACUUAGAUCCACUCUGACUGAAUCCAAAGUUCCCAUUUUCAGAUACUCCACACCUGCCUGGUUCUCCUGUUCAGUGUGUGUGCAUUGAUGUUGAUAACUGUGUGGGUUUCUCUCUGGAUGCACAAUUAUACUUAGUUUUGAAGAACUAUUUUAGUGACUUCAGUUCACUACAGGUUAAAAGAUUGUAAGCAAGCAAGCUGGUUAUUUAAAAUGUAAA